AGCGUGGACUUGUUGAUGCGUUCCCAUUUUUCUCACAGGUCAAGGAGCAGUUCCGCAGCCACAGCGCUAACACAGCUCGUGCCCUGGGGCCGUGACUUCCUCAACGAGGCGGAGCGGCAAGAGUCAGCGCGGUGUGUGCGGCCGUGCACGUGUCAGAGCCGUGCCUUUGUUCUGUGUGGGGGCAGGCAACUGUGCGAGCGUGCGCUUUUAUUGCAGAACUGUGAAGCAAAGCCUUCAGCUGAGGACUUAGGAGAUAAGAAAGAGGGGGAAUACAUUAAACUCAAAGUCAUUGGGCAGGACAGCAGUGAAAUUCACUUCAAGGUGAAAAUGACAACACACCUCAAGAAACUCAAAGAAUCAUACUGUCAAAGACAGGGUGUUCCAAUGAACUCACUCAGGUUUCUCUUCGAGGGUCAGAGAAUUACUGAUAAUCAUACCCCCAAGGAGCUGGGGAUGGAGGAGGAAGAUGUGAUUGAAGUUUAUCAGGAACAGACGGGGGUCACUCAACAGUUUAGAUCCUUCUGUUUGUUUUAUUUCCCCUUAAUCCUUUUUUAUUUUUAAAUAAUAGUUCUUUUGUAAUGUGGUGUUCAACACUGAAUUGAAACUGGCACCCCAUCUCUGGGAGUUUAUUUUCAAGCGUCUGGUAUUUUAAAUUCUCGUGCUCAUUAUACACUAUUGUUUCUGUUUUCAUUGUGCUGAACUUCUGUGAUCCAGCUGCAGCCCUGCUCUCCUUUUCCCUUCCGCCCUCCCCUUUAGAAAUACAUGUACACACAUGCAUUUGUAUGUUCACUAGGUUCGUGCAUCAGGCACGAAGGUUGUAAGAUCUGCCAGGUGGGCGAGUGUUCUUAAUGACUUCCAUAUCUGCCCUGAAGUUUUGAUGUGUGACUGUUUCACUCCUGGACUAUAACUUUCAGUGCGAGAUGAAGUUUUUCAGAACUAAACUGUGGAGAAAUCAUGUAUCCAUAACUCAGAGCUAUUUUGCUUAAAUUGUGCUGAUGGCCCAACGAAGAAGAUCAGAGUUUGAAAUGGAAAGGCUAGAACCGUUGUCAUCUGUACCUUGCUCCAGAGAUGGCUUUGCUGAAGACAUAGAAUUGAAAACCCUAAUGAAUCUUAAAUCUUGCCAGAAGAGCCCAGAAGCAUUUUAACUUCAUAUAGCAAUUAGUACACGCAGGUAUUCAUGCAAGAAUGUUCACAGCAGGCAACUGGUGUUACUUUGACACUCUUGUUUGUACCUUUUGGCCUGGGACAUGGGUUUUGAAUGGACAUUGUCUGUACCAGCUUCAUUUAAAAUAAACAAGAAAAACGAUUUUAUAAACAAUUUGCAUUUUCUUUUCAAAUGUUUGGAAAUGAACAAAAAUGUGAAUGGACAUAAUUGGGGCUUUCCUUUCUAGUGCCUCUACAUAGAAGGCAGAAAAAAACUUAUGGUCUGUAACCAUACCUUGUACAAAACCAUUUGCUUUUUUUAUUUGCAUAAGCAAUAUACUUACUGGUUUGGAUAGCAGGUGACUCUUUAAGACUACUAGCUGUUUCUUGUCCUAUUAGGGAAUGUUCACAUAGUUACAUACUGCUUCACUUCAUGCUCAGAAGUUAGACUGAAAAUGCAACUUGGAAGAAAAUACAAAGGUUUAAUAUCUAUAUUUCAUAUUAUUAUGGUACUAAUGAGUGAUCUAUCUAUGAUGGAUGACAUGGGAGUGUCAAGAUGCUUCAGCUCACUUGAGGGGUCAUCUUCAUGUUGUAGCUAGUUGCAGGUUCCAAAUAGUCUUGAGAAUCUUUGAUUGGGUGUGAAAGCUCAGACAAGGUUAUAAGCAGGGCAAGAUAGCGAAAAUUUCUGCAUUGUCCCUGCUUCAGCUUUUCAGGAGGUGGAUAGGACUUGUUCUUGGUUUUGUAAAUCAAGUUCAUUUAUGAAUGACAGAUUAAUUUAAAAGCAUUUUAAUGCUUGGAAGAAAUUGCAGAUGAUCUGUCCAUGAUCAGUUUUUAUGGCUCUUGCUGUAAAGCUAUACAGGAACUUUCCUUCUUGUGGUUUUUGUCUGAUUUUUUUUUAUUUACUAAUACUUUAAAUGCAUAGUGGCACUGAAUUUUUUUAAACGAUUAAAACUUUUGAUUAAUAAAUGUUAGCAUAUGGAACUUCAAUCUUCAAGUAUUCUACAUAAUUCAGUUCUUCCCACUGUGAUGGCUUCUUAGGACUUAGCUCCAAAAGAGUUGUUUUUUGAGAACAAUAAACGUACCUGCUUCAGAAUACCAGAAAUAAAACAGCCAUGUGAUUACUAUCAGAUCAUCUCUAAUUUAAUUUUUGUAAUGCUCUUGUUAGUAGAUAAGUUCUCAUUAUCCCACUUCUGCAAAUUAGGAACAGAGGCACAGGGAACAGUGGUUUACUGAGGUCACUCAGGAAACUGAAGAUGGAGAUGAAAAAA